CCCAGCCUCGUUCUGGCUCAAGCCCAGCCCCCGUUUAGGCCCCGCCCUUUUCCCGCCAGUUCUUCCGCCUCGUCGCCUCUCCUGUGUCGUCACUUCCGCUUCCGGGUGGCGCCGAGCGCGGUUCCCGGGAUGUGGCACGAGGCGCGGAAGCACGAGCGGAAGCUGCGGGGGAUGAUGGUGGAUUACAAGAAACGCGCCGAGCGCCGCCGCGAGUACUACGAGAAAAUCAAGAAGGACCCGGCUCAGUUCCUGCAGGUGCACGGCCGGGCCUGCAAAGUGCACCUGGACUCAGCGGUGGCCCUGGCAGCCGAGAGCCCCGUCAACAUGAUGCCCUGGCAGGGGGACACCAACAACAUGAUCGACAGGUUCGACGUCCGGGCUCACCUGGAUUUCAUCCCCAUGUACACCCCGGCCCUGCUCAGCCCCACCUCACCGGAGCAGGAGUCAGACGAGCGCAAAUGCAACUACGAGCGGUACCGGGGCCUGGUGCAGAACGACUUCGCUGGCAUCUCGGAGGAGCAGUGCCUGUACCAGAUCUACAUCGAUGAGCUCUACGGCGGCCUGCAGAAACCCAACGAGGAUGAGAAGAAAAAGCUGGCGGAAAAAAAGGCUUCCAUAGGCUACACCUACGAGGACAGCACCGUGGAGGAGCUGGAAAAUUCCCUGGAAAAGCGAGGGGGGGACGAGGAGGACUCGGAGGAAGAUUCCAACACGGACGAGGACGAAGUGAUCCCGGAUAUCGAUGUGGAAGUGGACGUGGAUGAGCUGAACCAGGAGCAAGUGGCCGACCUGAACAAGCAGGCCACGACCUACGGCAUGGCCGAGGGGGAUUUCGUCAGGAUGCUGAGGAAGGACAAGGAAGAGGCCGAAGCCAUCAAAAACGCCAAGGCCUUGGAGGAGGAGAAGGCCAUGUACUCGGGCCGGCGCUCCCGCCGGCAGCGCCGGGAAUUCCGGGAGAAGCGGCUGAAAGGCCGGAAAAUCAGCCCCCCCAGCUACGCCCGCCGGGACAGCCCCACCUACGACCCCUACAAACGCUCCCCGUCGGAAUCCAGCUCGGAGUCGCGCUCCCGCUCCCGGACGCCGUCCCCGGGCCAGGAGGAGAAGAUCACCUUCAUCACCAGCUUCGGCGGCAGCGACGAGGAGGCGGCCGCCGCUUCCGACGCCGCCGCCGCCGCUCCCGGGAAAAACCGCAAUUCCCGGGAACGGCAGCGCCAGGCGCAGCCGGGAGCCUCGGCGCCCGCUCAUAGAGCCUCGUCCCGGCGCCGCUCUUCCUCCUCCUCCUCCUCCUCCUCCUCCUCCCGCUCCUGCUCCUCCUCCUCGUGCAGCUCCGGCUCCCGCCAUUCCGCCACUCCCGCCACUCGCCAUUCCCGCCGCUCCCGCGGAACCUUCCGGAGCCGGCGCCGCUCCCGCAGCCUCCGGAGCCGCAGCCGCUCCCGGAGCCGCUCCCGGAGCCGCUCCCGCCGUUAUUCCCGGGGGGGAUCCCGCGACAGCCGGCGCCGCUCCCGCUCCCGAUCCCCGGAACGCGGCCCCCGGCGCCGCCGCCGCUCCCGGAGCCGCUCUGCGUCCCGGGAGCGCUGCCGGCGCUCGGCGCGUUCGUGGCGCCGCUGGAGCAGCCGCAGCCGCAGCCGGAGCAGCCGGAGCAGCGGCCGGAGCCGGAGCCGGAGCAGCCCCCGGAGCCUCUCCCCGUCCUCGUCGCGCUCCCCCAGCCCGGCCCGGGACAGGAACCCCCCGCGGCCCCCGGCCGAGCCCCCCGCCGGGGACAAGCUGAAAAAGGCCGAAGCUGCCGCUGGUAAAGAUUCCGGAGCUGCCAAACCCAAGCUGACCCCGCAGGAGAAGCUGCGGCUGCGGAUGCAGAAAGCUCUCAACAGGCAGUUCAGGGCCGACAAGAAGGCGGCGCAGGAGAAGCUGCUGCAGCAGGAGCACGAGAGACAGGAGCGGGAGGACGAGCUCCGCGCCAUGGCCCGGAAAAUCCGCAUGAAGGAGCGGGAGCGUCGGGAGAAGGAGCGGGAGGAGUGGGAGCGUCAGUACAGCCGCCAGAGCCGCAGCCCCUCCCCGCGGCACGGUCGGGAUUACAGCUCCUCACGAAGGCAUUCCCGGUCCCAUUCCCGGAGCCCCCACUACCGGCACUGACGGACGGGACCCCCCCAAUAAAAUCCAUGGAAAAAACAAAUCCCAAAUUUCCAGAGCCUGGAAU